GACGUUUUGAACACGUUUGAGCUGGACGUGAGAGCUCGCGCUGCGACAGCAUUUUGCGCGGGCGCAUCAAUGCAUCAGUUGCAAUAGAACCGAACCUUGGAGUGCUGUGUUUCUUAUGAAGUGCAUAAUAUUUCGCCUGUUCAGUUCAAGCUGAAGCCAUGGCCCACAAAACGGUGACAGAGACGACAACAAUAGAAGAAAAAGAAACCAACUUGCAGUACCAGCUGAGCCCGAGAGAAAAAAGGAAAACACCCUCACAAAUUACUGACAACGGAUUUCAGUCUAUCAGCUGCUAUGACCAGGUCAGGUCAAAGAACGAGGGAGAGAUAAUGUGUGCAGUCAGGGAGUGGGAGAAAAGAGUUGGCUUUGAAACACCAAUCCGCUGGUUCGACGCUGCCGUCAUCAUACUCUUCCAUUUCAUAGUCGCUAUAGUAGCGCCAAUAUAUCUCCUGUUCUUCCAGGGAACUUACCCGUCAUGGCAAACCUGUAUUUUUUCGCUAGUGAUGGGCCAGUUAGCCGGUUUUGGAGUGACCGGUGGUGCGCACCGGUACUGGUGCCACCGCUCUUACAAAGCAAAGUGGCCUUUACAAAUCAUAUUGCUUUUAUGCUACUCUUUGGCUGGACAAAACGAUCUCUACCAAUGGGUGCGCGACCACAGAGUGCACCACAAGUUCUCGGAAACGUCCGCUGACCCGCACAACGCGAACCGUGGCUUUUUCUUCUCCCACGUCGGCUGGCUGAUGAUGAAGAAGCACCCCGACGUGCUGCGAGAGGGCAGCAAGAUCGACAUGAGUGAUAUCGACAACGACCCGCUAGUGCGGUUCCAUAUAAAGUACUUCUUAGUGUUCAAGCUGUUGUUAUGCUUCAUCAUACCGUUCCUCAUCCCUAUAGUCUUCUGGAACGAAACUCCAUCAGUGGCGCUGAUCUCCCAAGCGCUCCGGUACAUGCUGAGCCUAAACUUCACGUGGUCUGUAAACAGCUUCGCCCAUUUGUGGGGCAACAAGCCAUACGACCGGAACAUAAUGCCCAGUGAAAACUGGGGCGUGUCGAUUGUGGCCAUAGGGGAAGGCUGGCACAACUACCACCACACUUUCCCCUGGGACUACAAGGCGGCUGAACUGGGCAUGCCCUACAACUUGACCACGACUGUAUUGGACAAGUUCGCCAGUAUCGGCUGGGCAUACGACUUGAAGGCUGCGUCACCAACACUCGUGGAAACCGUCGCGAGGAACAGGGGAGAUCCACACCAUCGCAAAUCUCAUCACCAUUAGUUUAAAACUUUAUUCAGACAGGUUUAGAUAUAGGUUCUCGAAUACAUACUCGUAGGUAUUGUUAUGUAAGAUUAGACUUAUUUGUAUGAAAUUAUAUUGUUUUGACUUU